CUCUCCCUUUUAUUGUGCAGAUGCCCGCAACUGAAGUAAGGAAGGUUUGUUGUCAUAGAAGGUUAGGUGUGUUUUGCGAGAAAUUUUCAUUAGAAAUUGUUCAAAUUAUUAGUGAAUUAAGAAUAUACUGUUUAAUAAAUAUUUCUUCUUAUUAUUUAUUCAAUUUAACUUUUAAUUCCAAAUCUGCAUUUCAGAAUAUCUAUUUCAGUACUAUCGAUUUUGCAUUUAAGCAAUGGUGUUAUGUUAUUUCGUAAUUCGACAUUGCUUGCUCGAAUACAACUAUUAAUGUUCCAUUUACUACAGCCCACGGUGUGAUUGAUAGUGAUUAUUGUUGUCACAUUUCUCUGGUUAUAGUUUAGGAUAACAUUGACAAGAUGGUGAGAUAUUCUGAAUGGAAGGAUGUGUUGGAACACAGUUGGGACCAAGUAGCUCAAGCAUUCUGGAGGAGAUAUCCAAACCCAGAAAGUGUGCAUGUUUUAUCUGAAGACACCCUAAGCCGGGAAGUUCGUGAUGGCAAACUCUACACAAAAAGGCUCUUCACCAAGACAAACAUUCCACCCAAGUGGGCAGAGAGGAUUAUCAGUUCUCGGGUUGUCAAGAUAUUGGAAGAAUCUGUUGUGGAUCCUAAAGAAAAACAAAUUACAACCUACACAAGAAAUAUUGGAUACACCAAGGUCAUGAAUAUUGUGGAAAAGGUUGUUUACAAAGUGAGUGACGAAGAUGCCAGCUUGACUGUCGCGGAAAGAUCUGCCUGGGUUGAGUCCAAAAUGUUCGGAUUGAGCAGGGCGAUCGAAGCAUUUGGCAUAGAUCGUUUUCGUAAAAACACCCAGAAAGCAGUAAAUGGGUUCAGUUAUGUACUGAACAAUAUGUUUCCCAAAACUGAAGUAAUAUCACAAGAAGACUCUGUCAACUCCAGUUCAUCUGUUAGUGGUAAAGAGAAGCUCAUGGAUGCAGCAAAGAAAGCGACUCACUUGGCAAAAACAAAAGCGGAGACAAUUUAUGCAUCCGCCUCGUACCAACCCAGCCAAACUUGAUCUCAAUGAGAAUUCCAUUUGUUCCAUUAUUUACAACAGAGUGCGUGUUCUUCAGUUUGGAGAAGUGUUUCCUUGCAGUGUUGUAGAACUUUGUAUAAAAUCAAAUGACAGUGAACAUUCCAGGGUGGCUGAAGUUGCCAGUGAAUUUUUGUUUUGCUGCCAUUUAUUGUACAUUGCGUUAUUGUAGCUGACAUUUUUAUAUUAUCUGAUGUAACAUCGUUAUUGUUAACUUACAUUCAUAAGUCACCAUAAAUAAAUAAUAUAAAAAUUACUUUGUUAAAA